AUGUGGCUCCUGAGGGGCGGACAGGAGAUUUACCCACUGAUCCAGCUGUUGGCUUUAGUGGAUAUCGUCAGAGGACAGGCCGAUGCAAGCCCGUCCACGGCCGGCGGCGAUGCGACAAAGACGACGGCCACCACGCCGACGGUCCAGCCGACCUGCGAAUCGCGCACCGUCAACUACAUAACACACACCUUGCCCCAGCAAUGUCUGACCUCGGCACCGUCAUCGGUCGCCCCGAGCUCCGAGUCCAGCGUCACCGUCUCCCAGACCGCCUCGAGUCCCGCCGAGUCGACUGCUGCUGCCACCGUCGCAGACGAGGAGGAGCAUGAGCUGGACAGCGAUGGCAACGACCUCAGUACCGGCGCCUUUAUGUCUUUUGAGGAGUGGAAAAAGAAGCAACUGGAGAAGUCCGGCCAGGAGAACCUAGAGAACCGGCCGCGCAAAUCGCACGAAGACCGCGGCGAGGCACCGGGCGAAGAUUACGGCAGCUUUGGCGAUGACGGCGAGAUAUCUCUCGACUUUGACGCCUACUCGGCCGAGAAGAUAUCCGAGAUAACAUCUGCCACCAAGCCGUCGCAGAAGGAGAAGGAGAGGGAAGACGCAAUCGAAAAGGUGUCGCGCGAGGAGGGACUGCCGCACGUUCACCGCAGCAAGGAUGCCGGGAAGACGUGCAAAGAAAGAUUCUCAUAUUCCUCCUUCGAUGCUGGCGCCACCGUUCUCAAGACAAGCCACGGGGCUAAGAACUCCAAGGCCAUCCUCGUGGAGAACAAGGACUCCUACAUGCUGAUGGAAUGCGGCACCGAGAACAAGUUCUUCAUUGUUGAGCUCAGCGACGAUAUUCUGGUGGAUACGGUCGUGUUGGCGAAUUUCGAGUUCUUCUCCAGCAUGGUCCGCCAGUUUCGUGUGAGUGUCAGCGAUCGAUAUCCCGUCAAGCUGGACAAGUGGAAUAUUCUGGGCGAGUAUCAAGCCCGAAACUCUAGAGACAUACAGCCGUUCCUUAUUGAGAACCCCCAGAUUUGGGCAAGGUAUUUGCGAGUCGAGAUUCUGAGUCACUAUGGCAAGGAGUACUACUGCCCUCUGUCCCUCAUACGGGUUCAUGGGACAAGAAUGCUCGAUUCGUGGAAAGAGGCGGAUCCUAGCGAUCUUGAGGGAGACUUUGAAGCGGAGGGGGAAACCACAAAGUCCCUCGAGUCGCCUGAAGAGACCUUAGAUCCUGAGGUCGAAGUCGUGGUGGAGGAACCCCAGACCCCUGAACAGACUCAACCCGAAAACCACAGUGUCACAAUACAUCAGAGCGCCGUGAUUCCCGUAUGGGAUAAAUCGUACUUUCAGCAUCGCUUCCAGCCAGAUGCCACGUGCGGGCUCGACGAGACACCGGAUCGGCCGUCGCAGACACAUUCUGGAGAAGAUAAGGAGCGCAAUGCGGCUCCAGCCAGACCACAGCCGGUGGCAACGGCUGAACAAACAGGCCAGACUAUCGCGUCUCCCACUUCGCACUCCCCAGAGACUUCUACAACAGAUUCACCUGCUGUGGCGUCUGCCUCAUCUCGAGAGAACUCUUCAGCAUCUGCCAUAACUACUACGCCAACAGAUGUUGGCAGCCCGGCAUCCGCAUCUCCGACACCCUCCAACACCACGCAAACGCCAGCCAGCAAAUCUACUACUGUCUCGGCCGAGCCUUCGAACACGCACGUCGUGAAGAACAAGUCUGGAGCAUCCACCUCCCUGAAGCCACCCUCUUCCAAAUCAUCCCACCCUAAAGUCUCGGGCGCCUCAUCGUCACGAAACAAGACAUCGACAGUGACGUCCUCGUCCACCGCGGCCUCUCCCACCGUGCAGGACUCUUUCUUCAAACAACUCACUAAGCGUUUGCAAAGUCUCGAAUCCAACACGACGCUCUCGAUGCAGUAUAUCGAGUCACAAUCGAAGUUCCUCCAGGAGGCUCUGGCCAAACUCGAGCGCCGCCAGGUCUCCAAGGUCGACUCGUUUCUCGAUACGCUCAACAAGACGGUGCUGUCGGAGCUCCGCGAGGUGCGCACGCAAUACGACCAGAUCUGGCAGAGCACGGUCAUUGCUCUGGAGUCACAGCGCGAGCAGUCCGAGCGGGAAAUCGUCGCCCUGUCGACUCGAUUGAGUCUCUUAGCCGACGAGGUCGUUUUCCAGAAGCGCAUGGCCAUCAUCCAGAGCAUCCUCACCCUGGGAUGCCUUGUACUUGUGGUGUUCUCCCGGGGACUGGCCAGUGCAGGGCUGGAGCUGUACUACCCGAGCCAAUUCCUCGGCUCAACCAGCCGCCUUGCCAGCCCAGCAUACCCAUCCACGCCCAAGGCCGUAAGCAGACGGGCUCAGAGGGACUCGACGCCACUCCGGGAGUCAAUUGAGGACAGGAAUGGCAUCACACCAGAAAGGGGGCUGUCCGUGGAUAGAGACGCCAAUCCCACGCCUCCUCGCUCACGGACGGGGCACAGCCCAACGCCAGAGCCAAGACCACAGAGACACCUGUCACUCCCAGAGAACCGGCGUCCGUCGCCGUCCCGCGCCGUCUCCGAGACCACCGGCCUGGAGUGCUACCAGCCUCCGACCCCGGCAAGUCUCGACGCCGGUUACGACUCCGAACCACCCGACCUCUCAUCUGCGCCCAGGGAAGACGACUACUUCUCACGGCCAAGCGAUUCGGCAAACGAUUCGGCGAACAGCUAUAGAGAAAGCACACCCGCCACCGCCGACGAUGAGACCCACCCUCUUACAACAUUUAAUAACAUCCACGCCUCAGAAAGCAGGCAAACACCCUCGACAGAAGCCGACGAUGGCGAAUCUCUCAGCGCUGCCACCACCACCACCACCACCACCACAGCGGCAUACGCUGGCGACCCGGGAGCCUCGCAAUCACACCGCGGCGCGGCGAGACCACCCAUGUCGCACGUCGGCAGCUCGAGGAAACCGCUGCCUGCCUUACCGGAGGACGAGGACCCGGAAUGA